CGUCCAAGCACUUCCAACAUUAACUUAGCAAACACACCACAAAAUGACUACAGCCCACAGACCUACUUUUGACCCGGCGCAAGGCAAAGAAGCCCUCCGUGGCCCCGCCUACCACCAGCGACUCCUACCUGCGCAUAAACACCUGAAAGUUCGCCAACCCGGACAAGGCGGCGAAGCCGACGCCGACCCAUCACCCCGUGACCUUCGCGCAGAGCUUCUCCAGGCUGAGGCUGCACACUUUGCCAAGAAGAAUGGCGUUCCGGUCGAACAGCCAGCUAUUGCAGAAUCCUCAAUCUCCAAGCGACAACUUGAAGCUGCGCCCCAAGAUGGAGGCGAUGGCGACAUCCAGGAAGAAGACCCAGAGGCCAAACGCCGACGCAUACUGGAGGAGUCGCGCGACAUAGAUGCCGAUUCAGACGGGUCAGAAGAAGACAGCAGUGACGAGGAUAGUGAUGACGAAGAUGAAGCAGCCGAGUUAAUGCGGGAGCUUGAGAAGAUCAAAAAGGAGCGAUUGGAGCAAAAGGAGAAAGAGGAGCGUGAACGCGCAGUCGAGGAAGAAGAGCAGCGAGAGGUUGAUAUCGCGCGCGGUAAUCCUCUGCUUAAUUCCCAGGAUUUCAACAUGAGACGGCGCUGGGAUGACGACGUUGUAUUCAAGAACCAGGCUCGAGGAACAGAGAACAGAGACGGCAAGGAAUUCGUCAACGAUCUUCUUCGUUCUGAUUUCCACAAGCGCUUCAUGGGCAAAUACGUGCGCUAGGAUCUUCUGAGAUACUUGUGUAUCGAGAUAUCGGUUCAAGGGGGAUUUCAGUUUAGCGAAUGGGUAUUAUUUUAUGUUAUUUUCAACGUUGUAUCAAAAGAGCAUUAUAAACUGUCAAUGGUUUUACCCCAAAGCAAUGCUCCUACGGCUUAAAAGACACUGUACAUGUACCCGUUAGGACAGCCCAGGCG